AUGCGUCUUCAAUACAUUUUCUUCGUCCUCUUCGCCCACGGCUCCAUCGCCACGAACAAAGUCGGCGGCGCCCCAACGUCGCGAUAUUUUGAUUAUAUGGAUUGCAUGACCAAGAAGAUUGACGAGCUGAGGCUUUCGGAUCAGGGUCGUAUGUCUCAACCGGAAAUACAAGACGCCGCCCACGAAUAUUGCAAACAUCAUCUGGGAGAGGAUCCGGCAGCUUCGACAGCCCCCGUGAAGACCGGCCAAGGCAGUCCACGGUCGCUCGGCAGAACACGGUCACUCGGCAGAACACGGUCGUUCGGCAGCUCACAUUAA